AACUCCCGCACCGCCGACGAGGAGCCGCACCGGGGCGCCGCCAGGAGCUCGGGCUGCAGCACCUACAUCAACAGGCUCAUCAAGGUGGACACGCAGGAGAAGAACGGGAAGGGCAGCUACCCCGGCAGCAGCAGCAGUAGCAGCAGCAGCACCAGCAGCUCUUCCUCCGCGUCCUCCUCCCCGUCCUCCCUGGGCCCCGAGCUGGACAAGGGCAAGACUAUUAAGCAGCAAGACACGGUCAUCAUUCUAGAAGACUAUGCUGACCCGUAUGAUGCCAAACGGACAAAAGGUCAGCGGGAUGCGGAGAGGGUAGGCGAGAACGACGGCUACAUGGAGCCCUAUGACGCACAGCAGAUGAUAACAGAAAUCAGACGCCGAGGAUCCAAAGAUCCCCUGGUGAAGGCCCUGCAGCUGCUCGACGGCCCCUGUGAGCCGGGGGAGCCGGGCGUGAAGCCGGAGGCGCUGGCCCGGAGACGGAGCUCCAAGGAUAUCCCAGGGCGUUCGCUCGCAUCAGGGGGAGGGAGAGCGAUCAGGAGGGCUCGUUCUUUGAGGUCCGCAGUGGGUUCACCUCUGAUGCUAAAUGGAGCCGUCCUUCCAGUUCAGUUUGAAGGCUCUGAGAGACCUUCCGCUAAGGAGGAGCCCGGGAGGCAGCACCACCGCCAGAAGAGCUGGACCCAGAAGAUCCUGAAGCCGGUGCUGUCUGACCACGGCGAGGGGGAGCGCGUGGACCCGGCCCUGCCGCUGGAGAAGCAGCCUUGGUAUCAUGGUGCCAUCACCCGUGCCGAGGCCGAGAGUCGACUCCAACCCUGCAAAGAAGCUGGUUACCUGGUUCGAAAUAGUGAGUCAGGGACCAGUAGGUACUCCAUCGCACUGAAGACUAGUCAAGGAUGUGUCCACAUCAUAGUGGCUCAGACCAAGGACAACAAGUACACACUGAACCAGACCAGCGCCGUCUUCGACAGCAUCCCUGAAGUGGUACACUAUUAUUCCAAUGAGAAGUUGCCUUUCAAGGGGGCGGAACACAUGACCUUACUCUACCCCGUGCACAACAAGCUGCACCAAGGUUCAGCCGCCACAGGCCCUGGCCGGGCCUCUCACACCUGAGAGGGCCUCAGCACCCACCAGCACCUCAGGGGACAAGGCUGGACUGCGCCACAGUAAUUGGUAGGAGGCGGGGGUCUCCAUUGAGAAGUCAAAACGUCUUCGGGCUUGAAUCCAUUUCAUGACACCUGGUCACUGACCUGUCCCCUUUCUCCCUGCUAAGUAGUCCUACAACAAGAAAUGGCUCAUGCCAGGCGCCUCCACUCUCUAGAGGAGGGUGUUCUAUUUGGGUAUGACCCUCAGCAAAGGUAAGUCAGGAGUCCAGGAAUAUUCAAGUUCCCCAGAAAUUGUACUAAUUUUUACCUGGGUUACCCGGUCUCCAAACAAACCAAUAAAAGUGCACUUAGCUUUUACAUAAAAAUGAUCGGGCGGAACAGGAGAGCAGAUGCUCUCAGACCCCCUUUGGACAAAAGGCUGAACAGAAAGAAUAAGUGAAUAGUGGACCUCAGAGAAAGCUGUCUUUCUCACGUGUCCUAGUUCAGCUUUGGAGUCCGUGAAACUUCCCAACUUUAGGGUCUGGCAAAGGAUUAUUUUGUUGGUCAGCCUGCUAAGAAAGUUUGUGCUUUCUUGAUCUCUGAACUUUUUCGUCAUUUCAACAAGUCAGUAACAUAAGCAUGAAUAGGAAGGACAGUUGGAAAAAUCAGUACAGGCUUCUGGUCAAGGUGGCAUCAUAGAUAAGUGCGGUACUUGCACCCUCCCACAACCACAUCAAAAUUACAACUAAACUACAGAACAACCAUCUCUCAGAACCUCCUGAAAUCUAGAUGAACGGAAGUUUUACAACUAAGAAUAUACAGAAGACGCCACAUCGAGACUGGUAGGAGAAGCAGAGACACUGGAUGGGCUGGUCUCACCCACAUGUGGAUAAAAAUUAGGAGGCAUACUUGACUGUGGAGGUCCGCACUGUGGAGUGAGCGGUCUUGCCCCACACCAGGUCCCCUAGCCCAAGGCUCCAGUGCCAGGAAGGGAAGUCCCCAUAAUUUCUGGUUGUAAAAACCAGCUGGGAUUGCAACUGAGUGAGAUGGAGGGCUCCUGGAGUCCCAGGCAGUUCCUGUUAAAGGGCCUGUGCAUGGACUUCCCGGACUAGUCCCUCUGACUAGGGCAGCAGCUCAAAAGGCACCAGGGACAUAACAGGGAGGAACUGAAGUGUCUGACAUCAGGGUGAGGUCUGGAGGGGUGGCUUUCUACCAGAUAGAAGUGUUGGCAGAGGCCAUCAUUCCUUUGCUGAGUCUAUCCCCCUUACAGAGCCAGCAGGCGGUGCCAUAUCUGAAUCUCCGUCAGCCUUGUUAUCACUGUUUGCCCACCCUGAUGAUUCCCUGAGACCCACCUCACCCAACUUUCAGACCCACCCACACUUUUCUAUACAAAUGGCCUGCGUUGGCUCAUGCUUCAGAUUUUCCUAAAAUCUCUCAAAUAAGCAGCAUUUACUUACGUCUCACUAAGUAUCCCCAGGCCAAGCACUCGUGGCAGUUGGUCUUGGUUCAUAGCUUGGCCUCACCUGGGCCCUCCAAGCCCAGCACAAGUAACAGUCAUCUGCAGAUCAAUGUGUAGCUCAUACCCAUGCCAGGAGGCCCCAGGCAGAACACAGGUGGUAGCUGACCUUGGCCUGUACCUCCUGGAAGGCUCCAGAGCCAUCGCAUCUGGUGGACAGCUUCACACCAGGUCAAAGCACCACCCAACCACCUCCAUAAGCAACACACUCAAGGGGUAGGCUCAGUGGGCACCAGAUCCCUGCUGAAGUAAGUCCUGCUCUGUGGUGUAAGCCCCUACAUCUGAUCCCCCACCAUGGUCACAGCCAGUUCUUGCAGCUGAUUGGCCUGAGGAUAAAUUCCUCCCCUUGCUGUACCAACAGCAAUCAAGGCUCAAUUGCAAUAGGAGGGUGUACACAGUCCACAGUGGGGAAGGAGGGCACCCCUGGGCCCUACAGGACACCUACUCCACAAGGCCACUCUACCAAGCCCAGGAGACGUAGCAGCUUCAUCUAAUACAUAGAAACAAACACAAGGAGGCUGCCGAAAUGAGACCAAAAAAUGUCCCAGAUGAACGGAACAGAACAAAACUCCAGAAAAACACUAAACAAAAUGGAGACAAGCAAUCUGCUAGAUGCAGAGUUCGAAACACUAGUUCUAAGGGUGCUCAAUGAACUCACUGAGAUCUGCAACAGCAUAAAAAAAGGACAUGGAAACCGUAAAAAAGAACCAGUCACACAUGAAGGAUCCACUAACUGAAAUGACGACUACAGGGAAUCAAGAGUAGAGUAGGUGAAGCCAAGAAUCAAAUCAACAAUUUGGACUAUAAGGAAGCAAAAAAA